AUCCCUGAAAAUCCCGGAAAAUCUUGGACAGGUGGUUACCCAAAAUAAUACAAGCAACAGUUGAUGUAAGAAAAAAAUUCAAAUUGUUCUAUCGUUUAAAUUUUUAAUUGAGUACUAGAAAAAGUAUAACGCUCGUCUAGAUGUUUUUUUUUCUUUUUCUUUUUAUCGAUUUAGCGCGUCCUGUGUGAACAGCCCCUAUGUGAGGAACAGUGGAGAAAACAUUUAUGCAUUCCUGUGCGUUAUGAGAUAGUUAAAUGUGUGUAAAUAUUGUGUGUAAAGUAAUCAUGUCAAUAAAUUACUUUAAAGUUGUUGUUCAUUUUUUAUAGUGUACUUUUAUGGUGACUGAUAUUAAGUGUCACUGCACCUUUAAGAGCGUCGCUCCUCUGUCGCGCUCAUUGUGUCCGCUGUACCGGUCUGCCGCUGUUGUUGUUGUUGUUUUCCUUCCUUCUCCUUGUUCGGUCAUGGCUGCUCAUUCCGCCGAAGAGCCGUUCCCGUUCCACGGCCUGCUUCCCAAGAAAGAAACCGGUGCUACAUCUUUCCUUACCAAGUUCCCCGACUACGAUGGCCGGGGGGUGCUCAUCGCGAUCCUCGACACCGGGGUGGACCCAGGAGCCCCGGGCAUGCAGAUCACAACAGACGGGAAUCCUAAGAUUGUUGACAUCAUUGAUACUACAGGCAGCGGCGAUGUGAACAUGUCCACUGUGGUAGAGGUGAAGGAUGGGACAGUAAUCGGACUGAGCGGACGCACGCUUAAAAUUCCUGCUGCCUGGGUGAAUCCAUCAGGGAAGUAUCACAUUGGAAUAAAGAACGGUUAUGAUUUUUUCCCUAAAGCUCUUAAGGAGAGAAUACAGAAAGAGCGUAAAGAGAAGCUGUGGGAUCCGGCACACAGAGCAGCUCUCGCAGACGCCAGCCGCAGGACAGAAGAGUUUGAGCAGACUCACCCAAACCCAUCACAGAUGGAGAAGCUGCAGAAGGAGGAUUUACAGUGUCACAUCGAGCUCUUAGGAUCUCUAGAGAAGAAGUACAGUGACCCAGGACCCAUUUAUGACUGUGUGUCAUGGCAUGAUGGUGUCACAUGGAGGGCUUUGGUGGACACCUCUGAGUCAGGCGACCUGUCGUCCUGCAGCGUUCUCAGCUCAUACAGAGAGAGACAGGAGUACGCUACACUGGGAUACGCUGAGAUGCUCAAUUACUCCAUAAACAUCUAUGAUGAGGGGAACACGCUGUGUAUUGUCACCAGUGGAGGUGCUCAUGGGACUCAUGUGGCCAGCAUCGCAGCGGGUCACUUCCCCGAAGAGCCAGAAAGGAACGGUGUCGCACCUGGAGCUCAGAUACUCGCUGUGAAGAUCGGAGACACCCGCCUGAGCACCAUGGAGACGGGCACUGGCCUCAUACGAGCCAUGAUUGAAGUGAUAAACUACAAGUGUGAUUUGGUGAACUACAGUUACGGAGAGGCCACACACUGGCCAAACUCAGGGAGAAUCUGUGAGGUCAUCACUGAAGCUGUACAGAAGUUUAAUGUUUUGUUUGUAUCGAGCGCUGGCAAUAACGGACCUUGUCUCUCCACUGUGGGCUGUCCUGGAGGAACCACUAGCAGUGUGAUUGGUGUGGGUGCUUACGUCACUCCUGACAUGAUGGUGGCUGAAUAUUCGCUCCGAGAGAAACUUCCUCCUAAUCAGUACACGUGGUCGUCUCGCGGGCCCAGUACAGAUGGUGCUCUGGGCGUCUGUAUCAGCGCUCCCGGAGGAGCCAUCGCAUCCGUACCCAACUGGACACUCCGCGGCACGCAGCUGAUGAACGGAACAUCAAUGUCAUCACCAAAUGCCUGCGGUGGAAUCGCUCUCAUACUCUCAGGGUUGAAGCAGAAUGGCAUUCGUCCCACAGUCCCAGCAGUGAGGAGAGCUCUAGAGAACACAGCACUGAAAGUAGAUGAUAUAGAAGUGUUUGCACAGGGCCACGGCAUCAUACAGGUGGAGCGGGCGUUCGACUACCUCAUGCAGCAUGCGUCGCUGCCCACCAGUUGCCUCGGCUUCACUGUUACCGUAGGAACACAACGAGGCAUCUACCUCAGGGACUCGGCUCAAGUCACGGCCCCCUCUGAUCACACAGUCGGCAUCGAGCCUGUCUUUCCAGAGAACACAGAGAACUCUGUGCGCAUCUCUCUGCAGCUGCACCUGGCUCUCGUCUGUAAUGCUGCAUGGGUGAACUGCCCCUCACACCUGGAGCUCAUGAAUCAGUGUCGUCACGUCAACGUACGCAUCGACCCGCAGGGACUUAGAGAAGGACUGCACUACACUGAGGUGUGUGGUUAUGACAUGUCCUCUCUCAGCGCUGGUCCUCUCUUCAGAGUGCCGAUAACGGUUAUAAUUCCUGCAAAAGUUGCUGACAGUCGCAGACAAGAAGUUGCGUUCACAGAUGUGCAUUUCAGACCGGGACAGAUCCGACGCCACUUCAUUACCGUCCCUCAGGGUGCUUCAUGGGCAGAGAUCUCAUUAACGUCUCACUCUGGAGAUGUGUCUUCUAAGUUUGUCCUGCAUGCAGUUCAUCUGGUGAAGCAGCGAGCGUAUAGAGCCAAUGAGUUUUAUAAGUUCUCAUCUCUGCUUGAGAAAGGCUCGCUCACUGAAGCAUUUCCUGUGCUGCCAGGACGGACUGUAGAACUGUGUGUUGCCCGCUGGUGGGCGAGUCUAGGUGAUGUCACCAUUGACUAUGUUAUUUCCUUCCACGGUCUGGUGACAUCACCGUCUCCUCUUCAUAUACACGCGUCUGAAGGGAUUUCAAGUUUUGAGGUUUGUUCUCCAUUAAGAUAUGAAGAUGUUUCUCCAACCAUCACGCUGAAGAACUGGGUUCAGCCUCUUAGGCCUGUGAGUUCUAAAAUCAAAGCUCUCAGUGUCAGAGACAUGUUGCCCAACAACAGACAGCUGUAUGAGAUAGUGCUCACGUAUAAUUUCCAUCAGCCUAAGAGUGGAGAGGUGACACCGAGCUGUCCUCUGCUGUGUGAGUUAUUAUAUGAAUCUGAGUUUGACAGUCAACUCUGGCUCCUGUUUGAUCAGAACAAGAGACUCAUGGGAUCUGGAGAUGCCUAUCCACACCAGUACUCUCUGAAGCUGGAGAAGGGUGAUUACACGCUGCGUCUGCAGGUGCGUCAUGACCAACAGGGCGAGCUGGAGCGUUUGAAGGAUCUGCCAUUUGUCAUAUCACAUCGUCUCUCAAAUACACUCUCACUGGACGUCUACGAGUCACACCGCGCUGCCAUGCUGGCGAAGAAGAAAGCAAACUCCAUUACUCUGAGUCCUGGAGCGUCACAGCCGUUCUACAUCACUGCUCUGCCCGAUGACAAGAUUCCUAAAGGUGCCGGUCCGGGCGGUUACAUAACCGGUUCUCUGGUUCUGCCUAAGAGUGAGUUCGGCAAGAAAGCACAGGGACAAGCUUCAGCCAAACGACAUGGAAAAUUUAAAAAGGAUAUUUUGCCGAUCGUUUAUCAUCUGGUUCCUGCUCCGAACAAAACCAAGAAUGGCAAAGAGAAGGAGAAGGAUGGAGAGAAAGAGAAAGACGUGAAGGACGAGUUCUCUGAAGCGCUGAGAGAUCUGAAGAUCCAGUGGAUGACAAAGUUAGAGAACAACUCUAUCUAUGAUGAGCUGAAGGAGUUGUUCCCUACACACCUGCCUCUACAUGUACAGAGACUACAUCAGCUUGACUCAGAGAAGGAGCGGUUGAAGCAUUUGGGAGAGAUCGUGGCAGCAGCUGAUGUUGUGAUGUCACACAUCGAUCAGACGGCACUGGCAGUUUACCUCACCAUGAAGACAGACCCUCGGCCAGACGCUGCCUCCAUAAAGAGUGAUAUGGAGAAGCAGAAGUCAUCGCUGUUGGACGCGCUGUGCAGGAAAGGUUGCGCCCUGUCAGAUCAGCUCAUGAAGACUGCAGCUCAGGAUGGCGCGAGCGCGGGCGAGGUGGGUAGCUCUGACGAUGACCCGCAGGGCGUGGCCACAGCUCUGACUGACACAUUCUGGGAGGUGCAGAAGUGGGCGGAGCUCACAGACCCUAAGGUUUUAACGUUUUCCUACAAAUAUGCGUUAGCAUAUAAAAUGUAUGGAAGGGCUUUGAAAUAUGCAACUAAGAUUGUUGAGGAAAAACCCAGCAAAGAGAAUUUGAAGAAUUGCAUACAGUUAAUGCGGUCUCUCGGCUGGCAGCACUGUGUCUCUUACACUGAGAACUGGCUUCCCAUCAUGUACCCGUCUGACUACACACCUUUUUAAGCCUGUACCCCAGUAACAUCCUGCCACGUCAAGCUGACACCUCAAACACAGCUAAAACGCCUCCAAAUGCAGUUUGUUUUUAACUAAAGAGACUUUGAAUGCCUUCUGAAAACCAUAACAAACCAAACACCUCAUAUCACAUGGUACUACACGUGUCCCAUAAUGCCUUUCUGUGUGUGCGAAUCCACACACACUACAUCACAGCACUAGACGUACAGUUAAUCUGCAUACACCUCACAAUAUCAAGUGUUUUCAUUAGAUAUUUCAUUUCAUCCACGUGCACACGCUUUGACGUCUCAAUUUCAGCAGUUGGGGCAAUUUUUCCUUUGUCUUCUAUUUUGAAGAAAAUAUUUGAACGUGUAUUAUAUAAUAACGUACAUUGUUGUUUAAAAUGUGAUUGCUGAGAAUGUGCUCCGUGGACAUUUUGCCCUGAACAACAGUUAAAGCAUUUGAGUCGGAUUAUAUUUGGCUUCCUGUGGACAUCGAAUGUACUGGAGUGCCAACCAGCAUAAGGAAUUACAGCGUAGCAUUCUUUAAACGCCAGGUGAACUGCUGUGUACAAAUAUAUAAAUUAUUGUAACUCACAAACUAUAACUUUUAGGCAAUAUGAUGUAAAUCCAGUUUAUUUUCUGUUCUGUGGGUGAAUCUUUCAAAGGCAUGUCCUGUUUCACCCCAAAAUCCACAACUAAAUAAGAAAAUUAAGCCUGUUUUUAAGACACCUAAGCAUUGUUACAUUAUAUUAAUGACAAUUUAUCCAUAAAUUUCAUUACUGUAAUGACAAAUGGGUCAGAUCAUAAUCUAAGAGACCUGAUAUCAGUCAGGUCUCUUUUUAUUUUAUUUUAUUAUUAUUUUUUGGAGUACUACUUUUGGAGUAGUUACUAUGUUUUGCUUUUGCAGGGCAGAAUUGUACUUUUAAAUAAUGUUUUUUGUUGUUGUUUUUCACAUUACAGUAAUGAGAAUUAGUGGGGAAGAUGUGCCUAAUUGUUAUGAAAAUAGGAACACAAUGCAAAAUAUCUUAAUGGUCCUUAGAAUAUGCUUUAUUUUCAUCAUUCAAAAUAUUUUCUUUUGUUUUUGGGGUGAAAAAUAAUGGUGACAUGUUCUUGACAGUUUCUGUGAGAUUAACCUGUGUAUACUGUGUCAAAUGUAUGCAUGUUUUAUAACAACAUAAAGGUAAUUUUAUUGUGUUAAAAGCUAAAUCUUCUUAAGUUAUGAUAAAGUAGGGCUGAACUUUUGUAUUAAUGAAAGUCGUCCAUGUUCAGGUUUCUGUUUUUUGGAGUCUGGACGCAGACGUUUUGUUGUGUUUGCGAAAAAGAGAUCAUCACAGAUUUUUUUAUUGUCUAAAUGUGUAUUUUCAUCUUGCGUCAUCUUGACACAUCAGUUGCAUAUUCAUAAAGGGUUUGGGCAUUUGUAGUAGAUCAUCUCUCCCUUGUGAAAGGGGACAUUUAAAAGUGAGGACAUUUUCAAAAGGAAUGAAGCCAGCAAUUCAUCCAAUAUUUUCAGUGUCAAAGGUACAAAUACCUCCUGAUGUAAUGUCACAUCCUGCUUUUUUAAUUUCAACUGUUUCUCAGAGGGCUUUUAGUUUGGCUUUGAAAUGUAUCGGUGGCACAAUCUUCUUUGUCUCUGUUCUUGUAUUUUGUUUUAUUUUCCUAUUUUAUUUCAUGUGUGAGCAUUCGUUUGUGUUUUUUGUCGAUGUUCAGGGCUCAAGGCUUUCCAAAUGACAGAUUCUUUAUAAUAAUAAUGGCCUUAAAUAUUCACCAUCUUCAAACCCCGUCCGUCCACCGAGUUACUUCAGGAAGUCACAUAUCAUUCUCUGUAUCAAAGACCCUUGAAUAUCUGCAGAUAUAUUUAUGGAUGUCUUGUAUUUAUAAAAUUAUAAAAUGAUUCUAGGUAAUGCCAAUAUUUUAAAGACAAUUAAUUUCAUGCAUAAAUGUAGGUGUUAUUUUAUAUUCAUUUACUCCUCAUGAGAUUUCGGAAGUAACAGGUGGUUGUUUUGUUAUCACAGUAAAUAUACUAAAUAAUGUCAUUGACGAAGAUUCUGAAUAAAAUGAUCUGGAACUGUU